UCAGUUAAAGAAGUAGGGGGCCCAUGACACCUCACAGCUGCUCCAUGUCGAACUCCUGAACUCCUGACUAUCAGCAAACAUGUUUUCAGUUUUGAGAAACCUUAAUGCACCUCGCACCCUCACUUCUUCGUUCAGCAGUGGGACUAAAGUGGACUUCUUCUCUGCAAAGACUCGACAAACUUUGGCUUUGUGCAGCGAAAAACCAGGUCUGUGCAGAAAUCUGAACCGAAAGUGUUCAGGGAGGCGCUUCAAUGUUCCUCCGAGCGCCGAGUUUGUGGCGAGGGUGUCGGGGAUCCCAACCAUGGCCAAGCUGCCCUUCCAGGAGACAGCAGAGGGGCUCGAUGCGGCGUUCAUAGGAGUCCCCAUAGACACUGGGACCUCCAACAGACCAGGGGCCAGGUUUGGUCCCCGGCAGAUCAGAGUGGAAUCAGCCCUCCUCCGAUCGUACAACAGCGGCACCAGAGCAGCACCGUACGAGUCCCUCAUGGUGGCUGAUAUCGGGGACGUCAAUGUGAAUGUUUACGACCUGAAGGACACCUGCAGACGCAUCAGGGAGGCCUACAGAAAGAUCCUGGCUACUGGAUGUAUUCCUCUGACCAUGGGUGGUGAUCACACAAUUGCAUAUCCCAUCCUGCAAGCUGUUGCUGAGAAGCACGGUCCAGUGGGUCUGAUCCACGUUGACGCUCAUGCAGACACCAGUGAUGUGGUCCUGGGGGAGAAGAUUGGCCAUGGAACUCCUUUCAGACGCUGUGUGGAGGAGGGGCUGCUGGACUGUAAGAGGGUGGUUCAGAUCGGCCUGCGCGGGUCAGGUUACUCUCCUGAUUCGUAUGAGUGGAGCCGGGCUCAGGGUUUCCGUGUGGUGCAAGUGGAGGAGUGCUGGUUCAAGUCUCUGGCUCCUCUGAUGGCUGAGGUCAGGGCUCAGAUGGGCAGCGGGCCAGUUUAUCUCAGUUUCGACAUCGAUGCUCUUGACCCGGGAUUCGCCCCUGGAACUGGCACACCUGAGAUAGCAGGCCUUACUCCCAUCCAGGGAGUUGAGAUUAUCCGGGGCUGCCGUGGUCUGAACCUUGUUGGAUGUGAUUUAGUGGAAGUGUCUCCACCCUAUGACACCACAGGAAACACUGCACUGACUGGUGCCAACCUCCUCUUUGAGAUGUUGUGUGUCCUCCCAAAGAUCAUAUAUUACUGAUAAUCACAGACCAAACAGAAGCACAAUGUAUGCAGUUUCUCCACAUAAUGAGCAGACUAUCACAGGAAGGAAGGGAGAUUCAAAUGAAGCCAUUUUUAUCGAUGAAGGAA